AUGGACCAGCAAAUCGACAUCUCCAAGCUCAAUGAGGCUGAUAAGAAGGAGCUAAACCAGAUCCUGGUCAACGAGCAGCAGAAGUCCAACAUCCAGCAGAUGGUUCACCAGCUUAACGACGUGUGCUGGAAGAAGUGCAUCACUGGCAAGAUCUCCUCCAACACCCUCAACAAGACCGAGGAGGCAUGUGCACAGAACUGUGUUGACCGGUGGAUGGAUACCCAGGUCGGUAUCCUGAAGCACCUGGAGGCUAUGCGCCAUUAA